CUGCUGUGCUGGUUAGAUCCUUCAGAUCGAAGAUGCUGCCAAGACGAGGAGGAUAAUUCAGGCUGCCAAUUGGCUUUUGGAGUGCCUGAGCAUGCUGCAGGAUGCAGAGGACAUGCCAGGAUUGCUGGCUGCUUUCCAGGUCUUUUCCAAGGCCUUGCUUCUGCUGAAUAAUCUGACAGCAAGGUACCUCCAGGAGCUCAGAGAUUCUCCUCGACAGAAGAGUCUGGCCCAGACUUUGCAGCUCCUUCAAAGGUGUGUUCCUUUGCUCCACACAGCCAAGCACAGUGAACUUAAGCACUCCCGUGAUCAGCAAAUAAGCCUCUCCAAAGACUACGCUUUCCAGCUAACGGAGAGGACCAUCAGAGCGCUUACCUCCCUGCUCAUUGACGAUGCAGGCAGCAAGGAGCUGCAGGACAGAAAUGGAAUCUUCUCCCAGCGUGUGAGCAGGCUGCUGGCUCUCCUGUCUUGCCCAGAUUCAAUGCACCUUUCCAAGAGUGAGUUCAGUACUCAUGUGGAAACAGUGGUUUUCUACUGCAUGCUUCUAGCAGACUCAUCCAGUCCAGAUGCAAAGCUGGAUCUGGUAAAACAUUGCUGGGCUCUCCUACAGCUGAGCAAGAGCAUCUGCAGCCAGGUAAGCCAGCAGGAGGGACAGCCAGGGCAAAGCUGGGGAGAAAGCAGCCUGGAAGAGGAAUGUCACACCAUGAGAAAGGAGGUGGAGAAUCUCAACCAGACGGUGGUCACAGCUACUCUGUGCCAAAUCCUGGACACCUUCUUUGUAGCUGAAGAGCCCCUGAGGCAGCUAGUUGAAGAUGCCCUUAGCCUCGCUGGUACAGGGUGUUUCCCAGCAGGACACGGAGGAUUUUUAAAGACGCUUCAGCCCCUCACUGCCACCUUCUUCACACAUGCCCAGCAAAUGCUCAGAGUGGCAGACAUUGUUGUGGCCAGAUGCACCAAAAUGCAGACUGCUAGAGAAAUCAGAGACUGUGUAGAGUAUUUGAAGAGGCUCCUUGCCAGUCUCCCUCCACUGCUCACAGAAAUGAGCAGAAGUAUAGCCCAGAUUAGCACUGCUGAGCAACUGCAGUCCUUGUACCAAGUGUGGGCAGGAACAACAGAAAGCCUCCUGCUGUGUUUUGAGGAGACGGUCAGCACGCGUGAAUUUCUCAAGGUGUCCAUCCAGCAAAUGGCCAAGCACAGGGAAUGGUGUGAAAAAGCCUUGGAAAGUCAGGACCCUCAACAGUUUUCUUGGCAUGCGACUAACCUCACCAGUUGGGCCCAAUGGGUAGUUGAAGCUACUACCAGAUAUGUGGACAGAGCCACAGACCCCAUUUUCAGGAAUGGCUUGCUGGUUUGGGUUGAGCAAUUGGGAAGCUCCCUUGUUAAGCUGAAAACAGUCACAGCUCUUUGUCCAGAAAGACUCUCCUGCCGCCAAACUAGGCGUGUCUUUUUAAAGACAGUAAAGUGCCUGAUAGAUACUUCUCAUCUUGUCCAAGAUGGGCUGGAUGGGUCCAACCACCCAGAUAUCCUCAGCCCUCUCCGGGAACAAGUGCGAAGCACUGAGGUUGCAGAGGAGCUUGAGCUCAGCCCAUCAUGUGCUGGGCUAAAAAACUUUACAGAUGAGACUGCGCUGCAAGAAGACAUCUUAAGUUGUCCAUCUCCAAGAGCAGGUAACGUACACCCAGAUGUUGUUCCAACGAAAGCAGAUAUACACCCCGUCAUUGCAGCGCUCCUGACAGCAACGAGAGCCCAUGACAUGGCAGCUGUCAAUGCUGCUUGCUCCACUUUGCUUGAACUCUCCAACUGCUGUGUCGAUGCAUCAAAGCAAGCUUUGCCUGUGGUUGAGUCUCCUCUGAUGGAGACACUAGGGCAGUACAAGGAUAUCAUAUUACUGACACCAUGUGUUAUCAGUUUGGCCAGGGAAACAGCCUCAGGGCAGUUUCUUGGUCCAGGCAGACUUCUCCAAAUGGCACACUCACUCUCAGAAAGAAUCUGUGGGACCAAAGAGUGUCUGGCAGCCAUAGCAGGCUCCUGGUAUACUCUGUCUCAGCAAGUCUUUCGCUUUAUCUUGUCUGCUGACUUUCUGAGCAGCAAACAGGCUUUGAAUGAGACUAUGAUGGCUUUAGCAGGAAUUGUUCACUUAGCAGGUGACAUUGCAAGCGUGGCCUGCACUAAUGGAUAUGAUGUUGUCCCCAGUGUCUGGGAGAGCUUUCUACAAGUCCAAGUCAAAUUUUCGCAUGCUCAGAUGAACACCAAAGUGUUACUUGAGAAAGCAGUGUCCUUUGAGGGCUCCCACAGAGUGGGGGAGGCCAGCCUGGAGCUGCACUGCAUCCUGUGGGCUGUCAGCAUGCAUGUGCUGCUGAGUGCUGUGGAUCAGUUCAUAGGCAGGGACGUCCUGUUCUUGAGGGAGCUGAGAAAUGCCAUGAAGCACAAGCUUUGCUUGCGGAGCGUCUUGGCUGCUGUGUCUGAGAACUCCCUGAGGCUGCAGGAGGCUGCCCGGCUCUCUUACUUGUCCUGCCCUGAAGACUGUGGUUGCAGUGAAAUCCUAGUGCUCAGGGAGGAGAUAAGAGUGUUAAUGGAGGCAUUGCUGGAUGCCUCCAAUACCCUGUCAGUCUCUCUGCUGUCUACUGCCAGCUUGUACAUUCGCUUUGAGCUCCUGCAGAGAGACUUGGCCCUCAGAGUCAAGGCACUAUUGCUCCACCUCGAGAAGGUCAAUAUCGAACACUUACAGGUCAUCCGAGAUGUCAUUGGGCCAGCCCUGUCCCCUAUCUCUCAAGAUGACAGAGAGAGGAGCAAACAGGCCUUUGAAGAGAAGGCAGGUCGGCUAAUGGCCAACGUUCAGUGGGUCAGAAGCACCCUCCAAGAUGUUCUGGGGGCCACUGCUCAAAUGCAAUCGCAGGUGAGCCUGCUCUCCGUUGCAGACCACCUCCUGGUCCUCACGUCUGAUGCAGUGGGCAGCGCCAGGCAGAUCUUUCAAAGUCAACAGGACAAAGAGCAUCUCCGCCUAGAGAUCAUGGUCUGGGACUGGUCAGCGAAAGCACACUACCUCGUGACGCAGCUUCAGGCUGUUCGGGGCAUCCCUGGACACAUCCUGGAGCUUGUGAGACAGCGCUUACAGAACAUGGGGGACCAGUGCCCUCCAAGGCAAUGCAACAGCAUAGCCAGGCUCCUCCCAGCCCGAGAAUUUGGUGCUCCAAGCCACACUGAGCUGGCAGAAACUCGCCCAGGAAGGAGUGGACAGGCAAGAGGCGCUGCCAGGGAUACAAGCGGAAGGCAGCAGAGUGGUCCUCCCAGUGUCUACCCUGCCAGCAGGCCUGAGGACCUCAUGGGAGAAGACAGCGCAUGGCAGAGUGGCCCCAGCUGGAUGUCUCAGGUCACCAAAGACAUGGCAGCGAGGAUGCUUCACAUGACACAAUUCCUGAAGAAGAAAGGCCCAAUCACGACCAAGGACCAGUUCGUUGCCUGUGCCAGGCAAAUUGCUUCCGAUGGACAGGUGUUUGCUAAAUUUGGCCACAUCAUCGCAAAGAACUGCUUUGAUAAGAGAUGCUCCACAGAGCUGCUGUGUGCCGCAGAGCAGACCCACACCAUCAGCAGCCAGCUCAGCAUCGUGGCCAGGGUAAAAGCAGUCACUGCAGAGAGCAAGUCAUCAUCUGAGCUACUUGUGAAAAAUGCGCAGAACCUAAUUCAGGCAGUUUUGCAUGUUCUGAAGGCAGCUGAGGCAGCAUGUGUCAAAGGUUUGCGACAGCCCCCGCCUGACUCUGAAGAGGCAAAAGUAGCCACUUUUUGCAUUGAAUGGAGAAAAAACCUGUUGCGGCAUAGAGCCAAGCAGUCUUUAAGCUCAGACAGGGAUGAAUUAGGCCUCCGCAAGACUCAGGCAAGGCCUGAACCCACUCUCACAGCUCUGGUUCAAGAACAAUCACCUCAGACCAAGAACAUCACCAGGCAUCCAAAAGCUGUUAAAGGACAUGUAACUACAGCCAGCCACCCCCAAGAAUAGGAGGGGACUUCUGCUAGAGAUGAAUUGCACUGCUAAUUUGCUUCAGUAGAAAGGUAGCCUGUGCUGCACUUGUCCCAGCUUCUCUUCUGCUAGAACUGCUCUCACAGGAGGACUGAGGGGGGCAAGGUCUUGCACGCUGGCAGAGGAAUAAAAUGAUACCACACACUAGUGUAUUUCCUAAGAGGCCUUGCAUCCAGAUGGUGUUUGAAGUUGAGUAGCAAGAUGUGACACUGAGUCACAGAGGACACAGGACUUGGGGAAGGGCCACUGGAGGAGCUGUAAGACCCAGUGAAAGGGAAAACAGAGGGUUCCCUCUUCAGUAAAAUACCAGCAUUCACGGAUCUUCGUCAUCUUGCAUGGGGGUCACUCUGAAACUGUAGUUGGGGAUUGUCAUGAAGAGGGUCAAACCCUUUUGAAUCGAGGGCCACCAACAGGGGCUACAUGGGAAUCAAAUUCUUAAUAUUAACAUAAUGCAUGCCCCUUUGCAGGUGUGAGCCAGCCUGAGGGCAAACCACAUGCCCCUGUCUGGAUGCAGAAGGCACUGCUCGCCAUUCAGCAGGAUUGCCAUGGUCAGAGCUUUCAGUCAUUGCAGAAAACAAGCUGUCAGAAUCCCCAGCUAGAGCAGCACACGAAAGGAUGCUUUGAAACACUGGGCAUAGCUUUCGAGGGCGAUCACAUGAAAGGAAUAUGGGCAUUAGGUGCUUACCUUGAUGAGGAUAAGAAAAAUGCAGGCAGCUCUGUACUGGCUGUGUUAAGAAUGUUCUGGGCAGUUCUGUACAAAAAUCAGGGAAGAAGUGGCAGAUAGAAAAGUGCUGAUGUUUCUGGGUGUAGACUGAGAACGUCAAGGAUAAUUUUGUAAUAGAAAUCUACUGUAAGUCUCGUAGGUAUAGCAGAGUUUUUCUGAACAACAACAUGCUAAGCAGAGCUGCUGGUAGAGACCACAGAUGUGCUUACUAACACAUCAGAGAACAGCUUGGUGCCAGUACAAUGCCAGAGGAAGACAGCACCAAGGUAGCUGCAUGGCAAACUGGC